AUGUCGACAUUAUCGGCCAUUUCCCGAAUCUAUGAUGAUCUCCGAUGCAGUCGCACAAUACAGCCUUUAUAUUGGGACACCCUUGAAGAACGUCUUUUGAUAUUCUGUAAACCGUCUCUUCGGUUACCCCGCAUACAAACACGACGUUCCAAGGGGGAGUAUAUGUCGCAAUAUAGACACAAAAAAGCGCAGGGGGUUUAUUUAGAUGUCCUAGAGAAUUAUACUCGUAUCUUUCUUCCCUUCUUACUUGCAGUUUCGGCUCGAGCUUGCCCGCGCAUUGAUUUGGUCGCAGUUAGCCAACAUCUAAGCAAGCAGCCUAGAAUCAAAGUCAACCGAAGCACACGAUCAAUCCUUGAAAAUGCAGCUGAAAAGGUUGGCGUUUUUGAAAGCACCAAUUUUAAAAGGCUGGCCGAACUACUUUUCGUUCCUGAUGAUUGCCAGACACCAACGCCCACUACAGGUGCGGGAACUGAGGAUUCAUGGACAUACAACGCAUCUAAUUUGGACGCUGUCGCCGAUAUUUUCGGCGAGCGGAUUUAUUCGGCUGUUGAGAGUUCUGCAGGCCGACUUAUCGAGAAAGCAAAAAGUUCAAUCUCUCGUAUAACGGAGAGUAUAAGGUCCAAGUUCCCUCGAAAUAACUCUGAAGAUGCGAUUGUAUGCCUAAACAUCGGAUUCGGCAGUGAUCUAAUCCGCAGCCUGUUUCCGACAGCGUACCGGAGUUUGUUUUCGCUCGAAACUAAUUCGAGGGAGCAAUUGGUCACAAAUUCUGCAAGAGUUUUACUACAACAGCAAGGGCCAAUUAUAUCAGCGACAGAAGAUCGUAAUGCCUACUUUACAAUUGAAGGUGCCUCUGUCUCAGCUAUCGACUCAAUCUUCGGUCCCCAAAUCUGUCAGGCGAUUCAAGAGAGCCAGCUGCGGAAGUGGGAAAUUGAACAUUCACUUAUUAGGACAACAGACUGUGUUACUGUUGAUAUAUGUCGCAAGCAGCCCCAGUACGGCAUCAUCCGUUUGCGCAUCGGCUUCGGCCUUGGUAUUAUCAUAGCGAACUCGUUACAUGCAUUACCAAAUCACCUUUGA